AUGCUCCGUCGCGCAACAAACCACCUAGGCUUGUCACCUAUUUCCAGCCCACAGAUUAUCCAGUCCAGGUCCCGAUAUUAUUCCUCGACGCCGAAGGUCACUGAUAUCAAGUCGAUUCUUGCAAAGCCAACAUGGUCUGUCCGAUCAUUGCUCCCCGACCCCGCCGCGAAACCGUCGUCUCCGUCUGUCACCCCUGCUCAGCUCCGACAUCUGCUUCGCCUAUCAGCUCUACCGCAACCAUCCAGCCCAGAGGAAGAACAGCAGAUGCUUGAAACCCUCGAAUCGCAAAUUCACUUCGUAAAAGAGAUCCAGAAAGUAGACACUACGGGGGUUGAACCUCUGCAGAGUAUUCGCGAUGAGAGCCCCGAGGCAACGAAAGAGAACACGAUUGGACUGGAACGACUCAAGGAGGCCCUGUCGAAGGAACGGGUAGUAGGCCGGAACAAGAAGAUUCAACGCAUUGAAUCGGCAAGAAACAAACGACCUGAUGGGGACGUCUGGGAUGGAAACGCGCUUGGUCACGCCUCCAAGACGAAGGGAAAGUUCUUUGUUGUUGACACUGCCAAUUCCCAAACCAUUGCAUGA